GUGUUGUUGUGGAGAUUGGAGACGCUGGUUUAAAGCAGCUGCUAAUAAUUUGACUGACAAAGUUUAAAUAUGAGUGGAUUUCGGGUGAAAGAGAGGUGGUUGGCGUAUGAACACCGCGCUCCAUUGUUGUGUCCCACUUUGUACGAAUUCGUCGAGGUACACUUUAAGCUUCCAGAACUUUCCAGGGGAUGUGUCGCUGAGAGCCGAGUGGGUGGUAAGAGUACGGGGGACGACUUCACCCCAAGCAAGAUGAGUCGUGUUCGCAGUAGGCAAACAUCUACUGACUUGUGUUUUAAUUAAUAAAUUACUUUUUUGAAAUCUAUAUCAACUUGGUGAUUUUGGUCGGGCUAUAGCUGGGGUGCUCACAGGUGUUGUCUCUCAGAGAGUGAGAUCUGCUUUCAGUUUCGUGGUUCAGCACGAUUGUUAACAUCUUGUAAACUAAGCUUUCGAGAGCAGUGAGUCACAUGGUAACCCCGCCUCAAAUAAUACACAUGAAGGUGUAUCCAGAAUGCUUCAGCAGCCAGCAGACAGAGACAUGGGGAGGCGCAGCUCCGACGAGUUUAUGUAACUUUCCUGCUGAAGUGAUACGAGGAUUUUCUGCAUUUUAUUCAGCUGUGAGUCCAGCUUAAAGAGGAGGAGCUGGACCUGGCGGGGAUAUCCCUUUUGUUUUAAAAUUUAAUAUAUAUACAUAUAGUUUUUAAACCAUUUACAAACCGAUUUUGGCACAAACAAAGGUCGCACUAUGACCGUAUUAUUAAACGCAUUGCUAUAAUCUACUUGUUUUAAAGAAUAUGUUUUUCCAAAGCUAAAGAAGCAGGAAGUAGACUUCCCGUGCUUGACUGAGUUUUAUGUAUUUAUUUAUUCUAAGUGUUUUUGAUUAUUGGCAUAAAAACGUUGUCUCACAUCAUACUAUAUCCAUAUUACAUUCAAUUAUAUUGUCUACCUUUCUUUCUUGCAUAAUUGUUAAACAACGAAUGUGAUUCAACCUGGGAUAAACCAUUGUAUUUGUUAAAGCAGAUUUAAUACUUUGAAAUUGAAUAUAAUAUCAUUUUUUUUAAAAACAGGUUUUUAACACAGCUUUUUUAAUUGCUCAUUAUAUAUCUGGGACAGAUAACAACCAAAGACUAGAUAUUGGAACAUUUGAGCCGAAGAUGUUUUAUUAUUAUUCACUUUUGAGCUGAUACUGGACACCAGUGAGCACCAGCCGCCUCCACAACAGAUGAGCCAAUUACAAGACGUGCUGGGAGUGAUGAGAAGCGCCCCAUUGAUGGUUUAACCAGUUUAUCUCCUCGAUUCCAUGCAGUCUUUGUGACACUAAUCAAACCUGGAGUGGAUCCAGUUUUACUCCCUGAUCCGGUAGACUUCGUCCUUCGAGCACCACGCAGGCACGAUGAUUUCCAAAGUGAACGUCUUCUUCAUCCUCAUGAUGGUGAUGGGAAACUGCUUGUUUUGGAAAGCAUACAUGUCACAAACAUUUUGCGCUUGUACUGAAUGUUCAUCUUCAUCGGAAGAUGGGUGGUUCAAAAAGCGUUUUGACAAAUCCGUUCAACCGCUCUUGUCGGCAAACAUGAAUUUCUCAGUGGACGCUUUCGACUGGUGGAAGAAGAUACAAAGUGAACAGGGCAGUUUUGAUUUGUUUGAAAGAACAGUUCAUGAUCUGUUUCGGAUGUUCCCACCCAAACCGGAUGUGAAAGACCACCGUCCGGACUACUGCAGGACUUGUGCUGUGGUGGGGAAUUCUGGGAAUUUGGAUAAAUCCCACUAUGGACCUCUCAUUGAUCUCCAAGAUGUCGUUAUAAGAAUGAACGGUGCUGUUACCAAAGGCUAUGAAGCAGAUGUUGGCACCAGAACCACUCAUCAUGUCAUGUACCCGGAGAGCAGCGUGCAUUUAGAUGAAUCCACUCAUCUUGUGCUGGUUCCCUUUAAGAUAAAGGACAUUGACUGGCUCAUCAAGGCCUUCAGCACCGGAUUCUUCGGAAGAUCAUAUGCGCCGGUACUGUCAAAAAUCAAGGCAAACAAGAAUUUGGUAAUGGUCAUUAAUCCAGCUUUCAUGCAGUAUGUUCAUCUCAAAUGGCUGGAAAAGAGGGGCCACUAUCCAUCCACUGGCUUUAUGGCUUUGCUUCUUGCCAUGCAUAUUUGUGACGAGGUCCAUGUGUUCGGUUAUGGAGCAGACAGUGACGGAAACUGGAGUCAUUAUUUUGAAAAACUCAAAGACAAACAUUUAAAAACUGGACUACAUCCGGGGGGUGUUGAAUACGGACUUAUCCAGGAGCUAGCUAAGCAAAACAAAAUCAGGUUUUACAAAGGGUUUUGAUCUUCCUUACUUCACCAGCAAAUAUUCAGACCCUGAAAGGAAAUCCCUGCAAACCUGCUCUCCGACAGCGACAUCGUUUCGAUUGGAUGGUCUCCUCCAACAAAUGGGAUUUUUCAAUCUCUGUUGUGACACGUUUGAAAACAAGCUUCUCCUUCAGUUUCGUUUGCUAUGUGGAAAGGUGAAAUGGUUUCAAGUUAAAUGGAUCAGAGCUUGCUUAAAACAAGUGAAGGCAAUUUUACCCACAAUGCACCACAGGAGGACUGUAGGUGUACUGUAAUAUCUCCAAUAGACCGCCGUUUUAGCCACACUGAGUUUAAGUACUUCAAGCAGAACAGGGGGAAACUAACUUAGAGGGGGGGAUUACGUGUUCGGCCACUUCUGUAGUCCUAUUCAGCCACUUGUUAACAACCAUUUUUUUCCCAGAACAAACCCUUAAAGUACACCCUGUAGCGAGUAAAACUGUAAAGCAGAAAAGACGUGUCCAUGCUGCCUUCCCACGCCUCGUUGUAGAUAUGUUUCUUCUUCCAUUUUUUUCUUCCGGGCACUAUUGACGUCACUAAAUCUGGAGACCAAUCGACCCAUAGCUACAGAACAAUAGACACGCCCUCUGCCAGCCAGCGGUUGAUACCGAUAUACAAAGCUCAUAGGGAGCGGGGGCAGGAGCUCCGACAAGGCGUUAGGACAGCGAGUGAAGAGAGAUACCAUACAGAGAUGCUGUAUGAGAAAACCAAUGUGAUUUUGGAACAAUGAACAAUGUCAAUGUAUUCUAGUACACUUCAACAAUGGAAUUAUGAUCAGUACAAACGGCCACAAUAUGGGACCUUGAACUUAAGUAAGAAUGCAGGAAUUUAACAUUUUAGUAGUGCUACUUUUACUGAACCAUAACAAACUACUUCCACCACUGUGCCUUGCUCAAGGGCUCUUUAGCAAAGGUAGACUUUUAUACUAUUUAUGUGGGUGUGUAUAUAUACUGUACCUGUGAUUCCAAGUUAUGUCCCUUGAAACUGAGCUACCGCUGCCCCUAUAACCCCCUCAAUGUUCAGCAUAAAUGAACAAUUUAAAAAUAAAGGGACAAUGUUUUUGUGCCGUCA